AAUAUUAUACGAUUUCCCUCUUACUUCCUAAAAAUGAACAAUGAUUUAUCUAGAAUUCGAAUUUCUUCUAUUUGUAGCUUCACUAGUCUUUUCUUAAAAACUUGUUUACCUUUUUCGGUAAUGAAUUGCUUCUAGAGUAUUUCAUUUCUGGUUUAUGCCUUCCGAAUAAAUUUUCUAAAAACUAUUUGCACCGAACAUUUCGUAGCUUUUACGUGUAUUUUCAGAUUUGUUUCAAACUUUACGGUGCUAAUGAAAUUUCGAUACUUCUCCUAUAACACGUAUAAUAACUUGAUAUUUCGAAGCGAGAAAACUCAUUAGGAAAAUCCAUGUAGGAAAUCGAAAUACAAAUAUUAAAUGAUUCGUAUAGAUAAAGAAAAGAAGAAUUAAAAAACGAUUCUUGACCCUGCCGGCUGAUACAACCAGCUUAUAUAAACGUUGUGUGGUUUAACGCGGUUCAGUCGGAUAGCCACAAGUGCCAGCCAUUUACCAGCCGUCAGUAGCUGAAUAGCAGUUGGCGAAGUGAACGCACUUGAAUAAAACAGCCGGAGGACCGUCCACGUCGAUUUUCUGAUGUUGUUCCUAAAAAACUUCUUGUCGAUACGUUCCUACGUCGUGAACACAUUUAUUUGAAAGUACAGUGAAAGUUAGAAGAUAUCGUUAAACGCUGGAAAUAGACGGCAAUGGCAGAACUGAAAGUGGCUAUAAUUGGCCAGAGCUCCUUCGCAGCCGAGGUCUACAAGCUCUUGAAGCAAAAUGGUCAUCAGAUCACAGGAGUCUUCACCAUUCCCGACAAGGCUAACCGGGAGGAUCCUCUAGCGACGAUAGCAAAAGCUGAUAAUACUCCAGUCUUCAAGAUCAAAUCAUGGAGAAGCAAAGGCGUGACCUUGCCGGAAGUCCUUGAAAUGUAUAAAGGAAUCGAAGUCGACCUAAAUGUUCUUCCAUUCUGCAGUCAAUUCAUCCCCAUGGAGGUCAUCAAUCGUCCUCGUCAUCGCAGCAUAUGCUACCAUCCAUCGAUACUGCCGCGACAUCGGGGAGCUAGUGCUAUUAGUUGGACGUUGAUAGAAGGAGAUGACACUGCAGGAUUCUCCAUUUUCUGGGCGGACGAUGGCCUUGAUACAGGGCCAAUUUUACUCCAGAGAUCGUGCAAAAUAGAGCCUAAUGAUACUCUGGACUCUUUGUACAGUAACUUCCUGUAUCCUGAAGGUAUCAAGGCCAUGGCGGAGGCUGUGGAUCUCGUGGCCAAAGGAACCGCUCCAAUGAUCCCCCAAAAAGAAGAUGGAGCCACUUAUGAUCCCAUGUUGAACAAAAAGGAACUUCAAAAAAUAGACUGGACCAAGCCAGCUAAGAAAAUUCAUGACUUCAUUCGUGGCUUGAGUAGCACUCCAGGUGCGUGGACAACUAUCGACGGCAAAGAAGUUCGUCUGUUUGGAUCUAGAUUGUGGAUUGGCGAUGAACUACCUCAACAGACUACUCAUAUAUAUGUAGAAGAUAGACCAGGCUACUUGCACGAAGGUGGACUGCUAAUUAGCACUAUUGAUAAUCACUUUAUCAACGUGGAGAGAAUAAAGAUUGGAAAUAAAACCAUUUGUGCCAACAAAUUCGGCCAACAGAGUGAAAAUACUACGCUUGAGUUCACCGAAGAAGAGCAGAAGAACGUAGAAACCUUAAAGAGUAUUUGGGAGAGUAUCCUGAAGACGGACGUUGACAAGGAUACCGACUUCUUUGCCUGCGGAGCAGGAAGUAUGGACGUUGUGAGGCUGGUAGAGGAGGUCAAAGACAAUCUGGGAGUGACUUUGCAGAAUACGGAUGUCUUCAUGGCUCCAGUGUUCAUUGAGUUUGCUAACACGGUAAUUCUUGCAGCUAGAGGUAUCUCUGCUACCAAAGAGAUCAAGUAUGAUGCCGUGGAAAUACAAGCAAACAACAUGACCUUGAAGUUUCCUAAACAAUUGUUCAUAAAUGGAGAAUUCGUGAAUGGUAGUCUAACGCCUAUAGACACGGUUAAUCCUCACGAUGAGAGCGUUAUCUGUUCGGUUGAAACAGCUUCUGUGGAGGAUGUGGACAAGGCAGUUAAGGCUGCCAAAAAGGCCUUUGAAGAAGGGGAAUGGAGCAAGAUCAGCGCCAGGGAGCGUGGAGCUCUUCUUUUCAAAUUAGCAGACCUAAUGGAGGAACAUAAGGAAGAACUAGCUACCAUUGAAAGUAUAGACUCCGGUGCAGUAUAUACUUUGGCUCUGAAGACCCAUAUAGGAAUGUCCAUAGAGACCUGGAGGUACUUUGCUGGCUGCUGUGACAAAAUCCAAGGCUCCACCAUACCAAUAACUCAUGCCAGGCCAAAUCGCAACUUAACAUUCACGAGAAAGGAGCCCAUUGGUGUCUGUGGUCUAGUUACUCCUUGGAAUUACCCUCUCAUGAUGCUCUCCUGGAAAAUGGCAGUUUGCCUGGCAGCAGGCAAUACUGUAGUAAUGAAACCAGCUCAAACUUCACCUUUAACAGCUUUGAAAUUCGCAGAGCUAACUAUAAGAGCUGGUUUCCCACCUGGAGUUGUUAAUAUUGUACCAGGGAAUGGUACUGAAACUGGAAACGCUAUCUGUGAACAUCCUCUGGUCAGGAAACUAGGCUUCACUGGGUCUACACUGGUUGGAAAGUCCAUAAUGAGGUGUUGUGCUAACAGUAACUUGAAAAAAGUAUCUUUAGAACUAGGUGGAAAGAGUCCUUUAGUUAUCUUUGAAGAUACUGAUCUUCAACAGGCAGUUAAAAUUGGAAUGAGCAGUGUGUUUUUCAACAAGGGAGAAAAUUGUAUAGCUGCUGGUCGGCUAUUUGUGGAAGAGACAAUUCACGACGAAUUCGUGAGGAAGGUAGUGGAGGAGACUAAGAAGAUCUCUAUAGGAAAUCCUCUAGAUAGAAGCACCGCCCAUGGACCACAGAAUCACAAAGCACAUAUGGAUAAGCUCUUAAGCUUUGUGAAACGUGGAGUUGAAGAAGGAGCUAAACUAGUUUAUGGUGGAAAGAGAUUAGAUCGCCCAGGCUGGUAUUUUGAGCCAACUAUCUUCAUAGAUGUCAAGGACGACAUGUACAUAGCAAACGAAGAAUCUUUCGGCCCUAUCAUGAUUAUCUCCAAGUUCAGCUCGAAGAACAUGGAUGAAAUGAUUGCCAGGGCCAAUAAUACAGAGUACGGAUUGGCUUCAGGUAUCUUAACAAAGGAUAUCAGCAAGGCUCUAAGAUUUGCUGAGAAAAUAGAAGCUGGGACAGUGUUUAUCAAUACAUAUAACAAGACAGAUGUGGCUGCACCUUUUGGUGGUUUCAAAAUGUCUGGUUUUGGCAAGGACCUGGGUCAAGACGCUUUGAACGAAUACUUAAAAACGAAGACCGUUACUAUAGAAUAUUAGAAGACGUCAUUAUUAGCUUUAUCUAUUUUUAUUGCACCUUUAUGUUUCAUAAUUUAUGCACCAACAAUAUAUAUUUGUAAAUUCUA